AUGCUAACAACCCACCCACACCUCCGCACCCGGCGACCAUCCCCAACAACCGUCGAAUACACCGUCUCCACCAGUCCCUCCCCCACACUCCCACUCCGGCUCCUCCAACUCACCACCUCAAUCCUCCGAAUAAUAAUUGGACUGACAGUCCUCCUCCUGCUAUACACAAAGUACCUCCUCAGCGCAUUCGCGCCCGCUACCCACCCAAUUGGUCCCCCCGAGACCUUCUCAACAGCAACAAUCUUCUACAUCCUCACCCUCAUCACGCACUCCCGCCUCGGCACCCUCUGCACGCGUCUCGCCUCCAUAACGCCCUACACCCUCCUCCUACCCACCUCCUUCCUACUCAUCCAUAUCAUCCUGCAGCGUCCGCAUACUACCGAGUCACUCCUCGUAUUACGGGGGCUGGGGAUCCAGACGUCGACGUCAUCGGCGUCGUAUUUGUCGUCUGCGACAACGCGGUUCAUUCCUACGGAGAAGGUGCAGGAUUUCUUGGUGAACGAGGCGUUUCGGGGGUUCGAGGUUAGGUAUUAUUUGGUUGUGGUGGUGGAGGGGGAGAAGGAGGUGGUGGUUGUGUUUCCGAGGUUGUUGCCGCGACGGAAGAUGGUGGAGACGGUUUGGAGGGGGGUGAGGGGGUGUUUGUGGGAGAAGGGGGAGGUGGGGAAGGGGUAG